GUGCGGAAGAUGGCGGAGAGUUAAUAGUGGAGGAAAAAGGAAAAUUGUGUGGUCGCAGGGAUACGUUUACAGAGUUAGGAGCGUCGCCACUGGGCCCUCCUGCUGAGGUGGAAUCGGAGCACCUUUUCUCCGCUCUGUCACAAGGGGCUGAUGUGUGUACAAGAUGAGCAGUCUAGGAGAGAACUCCUUGGAGCCGUUGUGUUCCGACCGCAAACGCAAGCUGUCCACUUGUGACACGCCUGGCUUGGGGUGUGACAAGCGGCGUCGCGAGCAGGAGAGCAAGUACAUCGAGGAGCUGGCCGAGCUCAUCUCUGCCAACCUCAGCGACAUCGACAGCUUCAACGUCAAGCCCGACAAGUGUGCCAUCCUGAAGGAGACCGUGCGGCAGAUCCGCCAGAUCAAAGAACAAGGCAAAGCUUCUUCCAAUGACGACGAUGUCCAGAAAGCAGACGUGUCCUCCACUGGCCAGGGAGUCAUCGACAAGGACCACCUCGGGCCACUCCUCCUACAGGCCCUGGACGGCUUCCUGUUUGUAGUGAACCGCGAGGGCAGCAUAGUGUUUGUGUCGGACAACGUGACUCAGUACCUGCAGUACAAGCAGGAGGAGCUGAUCAACACCAGUGUCUACAACAUCCUGCACGAGGACGACCGCCAGGACUUCCACAAGAACCUGCCCAAGACCAACGGCAAUGGGGUAUCAUCAUGGGGGGAGGAGGCCCCCCGUCAGAAGAGCCACACCUUCAACUGCCGCAUGCUGGUCAAGUUUGGCCACCCGCACCCCCACCCGCAUGGCCCCCACGGCCCCCCUGAGGACAACAUGCAGGUCAUGCAGAUCAUGCAGAUCUUCGCCCUCACACAACCUAAAGCCAUGAUGGAGGAGGGAGAAGACCUGCAGUCCUGCAUGAUAUGUGUGGCGCGACGCGUGACGGCCAUGGAGAGGAUCGAGAGCUUCAACACCAAGCACGAGCUCUCAGGCAAGCUUAUCCAGAUUGACCAGAGCUCGCUGCGGGCCACCAUGCGUCCUGGCUGGGAGGACCUGCUGCGACGCUGCAUCCAGAUGUUCCUGCAGCACAGCGACGGACAGCCCUGGUCACACAAGCGCCACUACCACGAGGCCUAUCUCCAGGGCCAUGCGGAGACGCCCCUGUACCGCUUCUCUCUGUCCGACGGCACGCCGGUCACCGCGCAGACCAAGAGCAAGAUGUUCCGCCACCCCAUGACCAACGAGCCCCAAGGCUUCAUCUCUACCCACCUGCUGCAGAGGGAGCAGGGUGGCUGCCGACCGGGCCAGCCUGGCGGCAUGAUGCAAGGUGGGGGCAUGAGGCAGCAAGGCAUGGGCACCGGCGCCAACCCCAACGCCCAGAUGAACAUGGGAGGACCCGGAGGAGGAGCAGGCGGUGGCGGCGGCGGCAUGGGUGGCAUGGGCGGGGGUAUGGGUGGGGGCAUGAACCGGGGCUACGGUGGCAUGAGCGAGCAGGCCCACAUGGGGCACAUGGGCCAGAUGGGUGGCGGCGUUGGUGGAGGAGGAGGAGGGUAUGGCCCCAACACAGGCCCUGGCGGAGGAGGAGGAGGAGCAGGGGGCAUGAUGGGUAACAUGGGCAACCGGAUGAUGCAGAUGCAGAACCAAAUGAGUCAAAUGAACCAGAUGAGUCAAAUGAACCAGAUGAGUCAGAUGAACCAGAUGAACGCCAUGAAUCCCAUGGGUCAGAUGGGCCACCCGGGGGGUCACGGGGGCAUGCAGCAGGCACAGCAGGGCCACCACCACCAUCCUCACCCGCAGCAGCAGCAGCAGCACCACCACCAGCAGCAGCAGCAGCAGCAGCCUCCGUUCCAGGCCACGGGCGGCUACGGACUAGCCGGCAUGAACAGCCCCGCCGGCAGCCCCGGAUCCAUGCAGCACCCGGGGGGUCCCCAGCACCAGCACCAGCACCAGCAGAGUCUGCUCAUGUCGCCCCGAAACAAGGGCAGCCCCAAGAUGGGCAACAGCCAGUUCAGCCCAGGAGGCAUGCACUCCCCCAUGGGCCCAGGUGCUGGUGGUCUUGGAGGAGGAGGUGGUGGUGGAGGAGGAGGAAGCACCUCCUUCUCCAGCAGCUCCCUCAACGCCCUGCAGGCCAUCAGCGAGGGUGUUGGGGCCUCCCUCCCCUCCCUGCCCUCAGCCCUCACCGCCGCCUCGCCUGCCCACAAGCCAGACAGCUCCCCCAGCAUCCACUCCUCCUCUGCCUCCUCGGCCGCCGGUGGUGGACCGCCGGGCAAGCCUCCAGGACCUCCAGGCCACGGCGACUCCUCCAAGAGCCCAGGGGCAGCCUUCGGAUCCGGGCCCGGUGGGGACCACCAUCACCCCCUGCACCACCACCACCAACAACACGGCCACGGACCUCCGCAUCCCAGCGAAAGCGGCAGCUCGGACCGGCCCGACAGCCAAGUUCCCGGGGCGAAUAGCAAGGAAGGAGCGGGACAGGAGGGGAGCGGCGAGACGGGGUCCUCGUCCACGGAGCCGCCCAGGAGAGUGCCCGACAGCAAAGGCCACAAGAAGCUGCUGCAGCUGCUCACCUCGCCCACGGAGGACAUCGGCCUGGGAGGGGUGGGAGCCGGAUCGUCGGGCCCCUCCGGACCCCAAUCAGGACCCGGGGGCCCCAACAACCCAGGCAUGGAGGGCAAGGAACCGGGCUGCGUGACUAGCCCCACCUCCACAGGCGUGUCCUCGUCCUCCUCCAACUUACCUGGCGGUCCGGGAGGAGCCGGAAGCGGGCCGGGCUCCCUGGCCCUCAACUCCUCCCACUACACGGCCUCGCUGCAGGAGAAGCACAAGAUCCUGCACAAGCUGCUGCAGAACGGCAACACGCCCGACGAGGUGGCCAAGAUCACGGCCGAGGCCACCGGCAAGCUGCCCCACGAGCUGGGGAUGGUGCCCCCUGGUGGAGACGGGCCCAGCUCCGGAGGUGCAGGAGGUGGCGGCGGAGGAGGCGCAGGUGCGGCGGAGGCCAAGCAGGAGCAGCACAGCCCCAAGAAGGAGAAGAGCCAUGCGCUGCUCCACUACCUCCUCAACAACAAGGACGACGCCAAAGAGCCCGCCGACGUCAAGCCAAAGCUGGAGGAGCUGGAGGGGAAGGGGGGGCCGGCCGGGGCCAACGCAGCCGCCUCCUCCGCUGCUGGAGGCAGAGACGGAGGAGGAGGAGGAGGAGGAGGAGGCCUGGGGACGGGAGCCACAGAGGGGGGGUUGGAGGCCAAGAUCAAGUCAGAGCCAACAGAUGAGCUGGAUUUCCUGGGCUUAAAGAACUCUGGAGACUUUCAUGAGCAAGCCAUGGGGGGAGAAGCAGGGAGUAAGCCACCAGGAUUCGCUGACGAUGGUGCACCAGGUGGUAGGAGUCCAGCGCUGGGGCCAGGCGGCAGAGCGCCCUUCCAAAGGGCCGUGUCCAUGGACGGGAAGCUGGGCGGAACGGGGGGCGCGGCGGGCAGACGCAGCACGGGGCCCUGCCCCACCAUGCCCAUCAAACAGGAGAGCCUGGACGGACAGCGCAUGAUGGGCACGGCCUCAGACAACUUCCCCGGGAACAUGGGAAUGAUGAGCCGCAGCAUGUCAGUUCCACAGAACUCCCCCAUGGGGGGCUCAGGGGACUGGAUGCCCCACUCUAGUGCCAGUAGUCCCGUGGGUGCGGCUGGUGGUCCCCAGGGCAUGGGGCGCCCCCAAGGCAUGGACUACAACUCCAAAGGCAUGAUGGGAGGAGGAGGAGGCGGAGGGGGAGGAGGGCCCAUGGUCAGCCGCUCCAACAGUGUACCCGGCACACGCUCCAUGCUCCAGCAGCAGCUCAUGGAUAUGGGUUCCAGUGAGAUGGGCAUGGGCAUGGGCCAGUUUAGCCAGCAGUGCCCCACCAGCCAGUCCCCCUCCUGGCCAGACAGCAUGAUGUCCAUGGACAACAACAGGCGUCAGUUUGGGAGCAGUCUGGACGAGCUGCUGGUGCCUCCCUCCACCAGUGAGGGCCAGAGUGAUGAGCGGGCGCUGCUGGACCAGCUGGACUCACUGCUCAACACCGACGUCAUCGCCCUGGAGGAGAUCGACCGAGCCCUGGGCAUCCCCGACCUCAUCAGCCAGAGUCAGGGUUCGGAGCCCACGUCUGAGCCGUUCCCGGGCCAGGACCCGUCCAUGGUGAUGGACCAGAAGCCCAUGUACGGCCAGGGCUACCCGGGCCCCCCUGCCAUGGGCGGCAUGCCCCCCGCGGGCUAUGGGGGCAACCCCAUGCAGGGCCAACCCCCACCAGGCAGCUACGGCCCGAUGAUGGGCCAGAUGGGACAGCAGGGUGGCUUCCCAGGCAUGGGGGGUGGCAUGGGAGCCAUGGGAGCCAUGGGCGGCAUGGGGCACCCGCGCGCCAACAUGAUGCGGCCACGCAUGAUGAGCGCCACCAAGCCCAUGAGGCUGCAGCUGCAGCAGAGGCUACAGGGACAGCAGUUCAUGAACCAGACGCGGCAGGCCAUGGGCAUGAAGAUGGAGAGCCCUGGUGGUGGGCCGGGCAUGAGGCCUGGCAUGCAGCCUGGCAUGGGCAGUCAGGGUUUCCUGAAUGCCCAGAUGUUGGCGCAGCGUAGCCGUGAGAUGAUGACGAUGCAGAUGCGGCGCCAGAGGAUGAUGAUGCUGAUGCAGCAGCAGCAACAGCAGCAGGCCGCCGCAGCAGCAGCCGCUGCCGGAGGCUUCAGCCCCCCACCCAACGUCACCGCCCCCACCGGCAUGGAAGCGCCCAUGGGAGGGGCACCCAUGGGCCAGGGAGGACAGCAGCAGUUUGCCUAUGGAGGCAGCUAUGGCAUGGGCCACCAGGGUGACCCGUCGUUUGCCCCCUCCGGCUCCAGCCCGCCCAACGCCAUGAUGUCAGGCCGCCUCGGACCCCCGCAAAACCCCAUGAUGCAACAGCAUCCGCAGGGCGGCCCCAUGUACCAGACGGCUGACAUGAAGGGGUGGCCACAGGGAGCUAUGGCUCGCAACGGGGCGUACGGGCAGCAGCAGUUUGCCCAGGCGGGUGGCGGUGGCCAGUACGGUGGCAUGAUGAUGAACGGGGGCAUGGGUGGCAGCGGAGGCGGGGGACACAUGGGCCAGAUGCCAGGACAGAUGAACAUGAACCCCAUGAUGAUGAGCAGGAUGCCCAUGGGAGCCGAUCAGAAGUAUUGCUGAAACUCACACAGUUGCUGUGCAGGAAAGGAGACACUGUGAACUUUACUAAAUGAGAGACUCCGGUGCUUUCGGGCCCAAACGUCCAUCUGAAUCACAGGGUGUCUCUCACCUGGAAACCUCCAACCAGAUGCCACAGAUACACACGUGUAUACACCCUCAUGCACACACAGACACAUACGUACUGUAUGUACGUGCGCACACACACAGCUCCUUUACACACCCGUUUGUACAUCUCAGACACUGUGACAUAACACACAUCAGAGACUAAAAUGCAACUGUACAGAAAAUACAAACAUAUACAUACAGAUGUGUAUUACCAUCAGUCUUCAGAAGCUAUCUGUUGUGUUUGUGUGGGGUAAAUCAGUGUCUCUUGACAAUGUUUUUUUGUUUUUGUAAAAGUGAUGGAAGUCAUGGAGCCAUGUUCCCUGCUGGACCAAACCGUAUGAGCAGGACAUGACACGUUUCAACACACAACGGCCCUCUUACACAAUGACACCAAGGAGGAAAGGCAAAGUCGCCUCCUCCAUCAUGUUAGAAUGUAUAAAUGUCGAUGCAUUUUGACAGACAGUAGGAUUUGUCUGGGCAACAUCCUUUUGUCUUUAUUUUUUUGUUUUGUUUUUGUAGUGUCGGGUGAAGGUACUACACACACACACAGAGAAUAUAAUUGGGCGGUGAUUGCACUUUACAAGGGGGGUGGGGUAGGGGAGGGCAAAAGGCUGGCAGACGGCGAAAAAGGAUUGUUGCAAUAUUUCUCUGUCAUUUUUUAAGCCUUAUAAGACAAUGAAUCAGUCUUUUCUUCAAGGGGGUCCUCGAUUGUCCUCCCUGUAACGGAGGUUGUUUGUUUUUGGUUCGGGUAUGGUUUUGGGUUUGGGAGCGGGGGGCAAAGGGGGGAGGGGAUGGGGGAGAGGAUGGGAACGCAGAAAGCACACAGUUAUGUCUAGUUAUGCAGAUGCAAGCAAUAAUCUCCCCCCUCCCCUCCGCUUCUCUCUGUUUAUAGAGCAUUAUGUGGAGUGAGUCUCAUCUACUCAAAGGUACUGCAGUAUUAGAUGUAAUAUCAAGAUUGAAGUUUUUCCCCCCUUUCUGUCUGUGAAUACAAAUUGUAAAUAGGCUUCAAAUGUAUUAUAUCCGCUUUUGUAGGUCACAUACUGUUUUUGCACAGACUGUACGUCUUGAUAUUUAAAAAAGAAAAAUACCAUGAAAAUGAUCUUCUUUUUCCGUGUAGUAGGUCAAUACUGCUCUUCAUUGUUAACAUGUCAAAACAACAGUGAGUAGAAAGGUUGUUUCAGAAUCAAAAAGAUAUUUCUGUUCAACUUUGAACAGCCACCUUUAAUCCUCCAGAAGGCACUUUUUUAUUUUUCAUUAUUCCAAUGUAUUUUUCCUCUCUUCUUUGCAUUCAACAACCAUUUCUGGAAGUAGUGCGGAUAAAAAUGGCAGUGUAGCAUAAUUUGUGAGUUGAAGACUCUCAUUUAAGAACUUUGCAAUGCAUUUACAGAAUCUGUGUAUAUACGGUAUAUACACAUUAUAUGGUCAGCAAGUCGAUUGUUUGAGAUGGGAAGCCAGUAAUAUGGGUUUUUUGUAAAACCUCCAAUCCCGGGACAUAAAAUACGCUGACAAUUUGCUCCAUUCCAGACAACUUGCUGCUUUCUCAGCAAGGUUUUUUUCCCCCAUUUUCCUGCAUUUUGUCUACCAUUGGCUCUGGCCUGGUAAUAAGAAACAAUGGGUAAGGAAAACAUUACAGCCCUAAAUAUUGUUUCAGUUCUCCAUUUGUUUUUUGACUGUACUUUUUUCCUGUUUUGCCUUCAUGCAUAUUUAAGAAAUAUUUUUGAGAGACCCACCGACUCGGACGGAAGGCAAAAUCCAAAGAGGUUUUUCAGUUGUAUUUUCAGCUGCAUAAGUAGUGUCUUCAUGUAGAGAUAGGGCCGUGUGAAGAAGCCCUAAGAAGCCUUUGUUAAAUGGAAAAAGAAAAGAUUUCUUCGUUCCUUCACUAAAAUAAUGUGCUCUGAUCUUGAACACGAGAUUUAGCCUUUUACUCUGUGGAUUUCUUCUGACUGUCUUAUGGGUUUGUCCAUUUUAAUAUUGUUUAUCUGUUGUGUUGGUAAAAAAAAAGAGUUUUAAUGAUUGUGGACAAGCUGAAAUGGAUUGUACGUUUCAGACAAAAGGUCUGAUUUUAUGAAGCUAUUUGAUAACAAAAGGACUGCUUAGUAUGCAAAAAUCAUCUAAUUUUUAUAUAAAUAUAUUAUCUCAAAAUGAGUACCGUAUGAAAAAAAAUUGUUGGCCCCUGCAGUCCUUAUUUUGAAAAAGAUAGUUCCUGAGAAUAGAUUGAUAUGGGUUGAUCAUUGCAUUUGAUUUGAAAUGGAAAGACUGAAGAGUUAAAAAAAUGUGGAAAAUAACUUUGAGGAUGUAAAUUACUGUUGCGUUCUUUUCUUGUUCUUCGAUGUCAAUAUUGAUGUAAAUACAAAUUUCUAUUUAAACAUUACCAGCUAUUUGUGUGCGAGUUCUUUCGUUCUUUGCAGUCCUACUUUUGUAGCUUGAACUGUUGUUACGAUUACAGUGUAUCUUCAUGCAUCAUGUUACAUCAUGUUCUUACCCUUUAUUAACCCUUUAUUAAGUGCAGU